UUCAACCUGCGCGCGACAACCCAUUGACGAUAAGUGCGUAUUUGCGCGAAACGCAGCACGCGGAGCACAAGUGGUAUUCCAUUCCAUUCGUACAGUAUUUAUUCCCUGUUAUCAUCAAAAACCCCAUUGCCGGGAACCCAAGGACGGGAAUCGCACGAACCUACGGUACACGGUAGAAUUCGGACGAGUGGCGCUUACUUUUGUACUGCGAAGUUCGACCCACUUCAGAUACCUUCUUGUUGGUAAUGAUAAUAUUACUGUUGGCCCAAAAAAAAAACCAACUCGGCACCAAACAAAGCCUACCGUCCUCAAAACACCUGCCGCCGCGUCCUUAUCCCGCGCGUGACAGUGAUUUAUUUGUUCGACGCAUCAAAUGUUGGACAACAAUUUCGGAACUCAUUGUGUUUGCUGAUGAAAUGACCGGUUUGCGUGCUGGCAAAUUGUUCACGUGUUUUACAAAUUGUUGAUGAACUGGUAGUGGAUAGUGGAGUUGUGAAGUAACGUGGAUCGCUUAGUGGGUGAACUAAUUCUACUAAUCUCCUGCCCAAAUAUGGACAUAGUGAAAGACUUUUACUUGUGUCUCGCUGCCAUUGUGCUCACACUCGCCUGCGUUGCCGUGGACAGUAAAGCGUGUGAAUCAGUGCCCUAUGUGACACGCGACUUCUGGAAUGCUGCGCCACCGAAGCGGGUAGAACGUUUUGCCGGUCCGAUCCCGUACGUCAUCAUACACCAUUCCUACAUACCGGCGGCGUGCUACAACGGUGUGACGUGCAUUGCGGCAAUGCAACAGAUGCAGCAAAUGCAUCAGGUCGUGCGGCAGUGGAAUGACAUCGGCUACAGCUUCGCUAUCGGCGGUGAUGGCCGUGUGUACCAGGGACGCGGAUUCAAUGUCGUUGGUGCUCACGCACCGCGGUACAACGAUCGAAGCGUUGGGAUCUGUCUAAUAGGCGAUUGGGUUUCGGAUUUGCCACCCAAAAACAUGCUAACUGCAGCACAGCAGCUGAUCGAGUACGGUGUCCGCAACUCUCUCAUAGCGCAGAACUACACCUUGCUCGGACAUCGGCAGGUGCGUACCACCGAAUGUCCCGGUGAUCGGUUGUUCGAGGAGAUCAAAACAUGGCCCCAUUUCAACCCGAUGACGGACAUCGUUGAUCAGAACAGUGUCUAAAAAGAGGAUAAUGGUUCAUUAAUCGCUUUUGAAGUAUUUUACACAAAAACCCCUUACUUACGUGCGUUAAUUAUUCUACCUCGUGCAAACAUGAUACGUUCCUAUUGUGAUUUAUAAGAAAAUAAAUAAAAAAACAGAUCGCCAAUAUAACGAUGUAAAGUUGAAGCGACAUCAAGUUGGGUCGGGCCAGUGGCCAGAUCCAGCCACCGGGUAAACAGAGUCAAAGAAAGCCAGAAAUGACAG